UAUUUACUAUAAAUAGCAUGCAUAUAGGUACCAAUGUUGAUGCCAAAAAGUGUGCAGCUAGCAAGCAAGAAAAUGGUUUGCUCUAAGGGAAUUGCCAUCAUUAUUUUACUUAAUCUGAUCUUUUUCACUUGUGUUUCAUCUUACAAGGUUGUUCCAUGUCCUCCUCCCAGAAAACCUGCUCCGUUUACAACUCCCCCUGCUCCCAAGAAACCUGCCAAAUGCCCGAAAGAUGCCCUCAAAUUUGGCGUUUGCGGUGAUUGGCUAGGUCUAGUUCAUGAGGUUAUCGGAGCAAAACCGAGCGGCGAAUGUUGUGCACUGAUAAAGGGUCUUGCUGACCUCGAAGCUGCAGUAUGUCUAUGCACUGCCAUCAAGGCCAACAUCUUAGGGGCGAUCGAGGUUAAGAUACCAGUUGCCAUUAGUAUGCUGAUCAAUUCGUGUGGAAAGAAGGUGCCAGAAGGCUUCAAGUGUGCAUAAGCUUAUUUAAGCUACUACGUCUAAAUUUAUGCAUGUGAUUGUGAUUGUGGCUGUCCUCGUGUUCGAAUUGAUUGUUAAGCUAUGUCACGAUCGAUCGUGGCUUUUGACACGGUCAUUGUUUUUAUUCCUUAAUGGUAUGAUCAAAUAAAUAAAACAUUUCUAGUUCCUUUACAAAGUUAA